AUGAGGGAGUUGAUUCGGCGGCUGAGCUUCUCGGACCGGGUGAGCGACGGCAGCGGCGGCGUGCCACGCGGGUGUGUGCCCCUGCUCGUGGUUGGCGACGGCGACGAGGAAAGCGAGCGGUUCGUGGUGCGGGUGGAGGCGCUGCGGCACCCGUCGCUGGCGGCGCUGCUGGAGAUGGCCGCGCAGGAGUUCGGGUACAAGCAGGAGGGCAUUCUCCGCGUCCCCUGCGCCGUCCACCAGUUCAAGCAGGCGCUCUCCACCGCCGGCGCCGUCUCCACCAAGUACUGA